UCACGCGGGUGCGAGUGGGACGGCGAGCGAGCGGAAUAGGGACAGCAACUGUCUUCCAAAUGCACCGCAUAUAAGUGUUCUAUGGCAACCGCGCCAGGCCAAAAUCGAGAAUGUAUAACCCGAAUAAACAAACUAAUAAAAUGGGCCCACAUGCCCGAGCCAGCGAGUCCACGAAUCCUGGCUCAGAGCUGCCACGGAGGCGACCAACAACACUCGAGGAGCACACAAAUACCAUACUUUUAUCUAUAUAUCUAUAUAUCUAUAACCUCUGUACCGCAGAAGACUGAAUACACCAAUCGACAAAAGAAAUCACCAAAAAUCAACGAGAACUGAAGGGAAAAGCAGCUCAAGUGGAGCAGUCGCUCCCAAUUCCAUUCGAGGCACUCCCACUGUAUCUAUUUGUGUGUCCCCAAAAAGAAGCAAACUAAUCCAUAAUCCGUCGACCAGAGAGCUGAAUGCAAUUGCAAAUUAGAUAACCAGGACUGGGUAUUCGUCAUUUCUGGGAUUUACAUAUAAAACUGGGGAUUGCAGAUUAUGCAACGGAAAUAGUGUAAUCAUCGCAAGGACCAUCACAAAUCCCCGUAACUAUGUCCGGAGCUCUCCAGGAGUCGCUUGCCCGCAUCGAACUAUUAUGAAACUCGAAGGUGGAAGGUGCCACACGCACGGCAACGGGCCAGGGGCAGGGCCAGGUGCCAGUCCAGGUGCAAGGCCAGGAGCCACCAAGGACGAAGCCAGCGACAUCGGCGGCAACUCAUGCCAGGCGCCGCCAGCUGAUCUCCAUGGCCAAAUGCCGCGGUCGCUCCAUACUCAACGAUGAGACGCCCACGCCGGAGGCAGCCUGCCCUGCUCCCGCUCCUGCUCCUGCUGCGACUCCGGCUGCAGCGAAUCCCUCGCCGCAGCCCCAACAACAACAACUGCAACAACAACAGAACUACUUACCUCAAACAUCUUUGCUGAAAAUCGAACCGUUCGUUCCUAGUUUUAAUCAAAGACUACGCCGGCGUCCUAUUGGUCGCUCCCAUAGCACCUUAAGCCACAACGCCAUCCCCAAGCGACCAGUGCCGCAGCAGCAGCAGCAUAUCCAACAGCCAUCGGAACUCCAAGUUGGCCAGCAGCAACAAUUGAAGCGAGGCUAUGCCGCCGCAGCUCAAAUCCGCCAGCAGCAGCAGCAACAGCAACGGAAUCUACCACGUGGCGUUGGCAUCCAGCGACAGCGUUCCAAGUCUACGUCCUCCUCGGCGGCCUCCAAUAGUUGUCGUCCAGGCACAGCGGCUGUAACACCCAAUACCCUGGUGGGCAGCACCGGCGGAACUCUGGUGAGUGGAGCCAUCGUUACGCCGCAACCAAAUGGCAUCUGUCGGAUCCAGAGAUUGCCCAAGGAGCGCGAGGAACUGCCCGAUCGAAUUAACUAUGACAAGAGAGGGCUCACUGCGAUUCCCAUCUUUGAGCAGGAGCCCAAUCUUCGACUGCUGUCGCUGCAGCACAACCUGAUCAACACUUUCCACAUACCCAAGGAGCUGACACCGCCGCCUCCACCAGUGCCUCCUCCUGCUGUCGCCACGCCACGGGAGAGUAACAAUAAUAAGCUGGGUGAAUAUAGCAACGGCAAUGGAAACAAGGAAGGAGGACGAUCUGGCCUGCGUGGUCAUCAUCCAGGCAGACUUACCCGUGCCAUGACCAAUGCAGGCGGCAAUUCCCAUCGCCUAUCGCCCAAGUCCGGUGGUAGUCCGGGUUCAGGCAGUCCACUGACAACUCAGGCAUUGGCCAUCAACGGAGGAACAGCCGCAGGGCGCUCCAAGUUAGCCAAGCGAGGCUACAACUACGGACAGGCACAACUGACGCCUCCACCGGCGUUACGCAUGCGCUACGGAUUGGAGAAAUCCAAGAGCUUUGUGAGCAGCAGCCUCCAGGCAAUGAAGCAUCAGCAACAGCUCAUCCAACGAAGGGCAAUGCUCAAGGCAACCAGAGCCGGAGGAGUGGGCGUGCCGGGUGGAGCCGGCAGUAAUCUCCUCCAGAGUUGCGAUGAGGGCAGUGCCCUGCACAAUAGCAAUCUCUCUCUGUGCGGGGGAUGUGGUGAAGAGGAGGAGUCUCCCAGUGUGAUGACCAGCAUUUCUGCCUUGGAGCAGCUAAGCAUCAAGAACAAGCAGUUGAGCUUAAGUGCCAGCUAUGGGAUCAUCUUUCAGCAGCUGGUAUUUCUGGAUCUCUAUGAUAACCAGAUAGAGAGAAUAGCGAACCUGGAUGGACUACCUUCGCUUUCGGUGCUACUGCUGGGCAAGAACAGGAUUACGGACAUUGGUGGUCUGUCCUCGUUAAAGGAUACGCUAAGAGUGUUGGAUUUACAUGGUAAUAAACUCACCAGUCUGGGCAGUCGCAUCAACUGCCUGCAGCAACUGAAAUCAUUGAAUCUGGCGGGAAAUCAAAUUCGUCAGAUAAAUCAGCAGGAUUUUCUUGGUCUGCGCUGCCUUAGGGAGUUGAACCUCAAGCGGAACAAGCUCCGGCGGAUCAAUGGAUUCCAGCACUUGGUGGCUCUGGAAAGGCUUUGGUUAUGCCACAACGAUUUACACAGAGUUGAUGAUAUGGCCAGUAUUGCAAGGGCCACCCGCCUCCUGGAAGUUACAAUCGAGAACAAUCCUGUCUCUCUCGCCGGCGAUUGCGUAUCCUUCUUGGUUUCGUACCUUCCACUGCUGCAAACCCUUAGUCAGAUGCCCAUCACGGAGCAGGUGCGUCGGGCGGCUCUUGCUUGGCGCCAGCACAAGGAACAGGCUCAAGCUGCUCCUGGAAGCUCCGAGGCUUACCACAACAUCCGACGAGAAGAGGUUAUAUCCAAUGCCAGGACCAACUGGGAACUUCUGCGUUCCCAACAGACAGUGGUGGGUCGUCCCAAGAGCCGCCUAACCAGCGAGCUGGCCAAGAUCAAUGAGUCCAACGAAGGUCCCGCAGGUGAGGAGGGGGAAACGGAAUCCGAGGAGUCGCAGCAGCCCAAGGAACUGAUGGAUGAACUACAGGCACUGAUUAAACUGCCGCCUAUUGCUAAGGAUCUAAGGAACCCACACGAAGAGGAUGGCGUCUCCUCGGAGGCCUCUAGUCUAGGACCCAAUGUUGACUCCUGCUCCAGUUGUUAUAGCUCGGACAAUGAUGACGGAGGUGCUAAAAAUAAACCAGAGACUCCGCAGAUUGAUGAAAACUCCAAUAAAGUGGGCUUGCAGGAAAAGCCACUAUCAUCGCCAGUUCCAGUUGCAAGCCAAUCUCCUGAAGUAGCUAUAGUGACACCGCCAGCACCGGUGUCAUCCUCACCUUCGCCGCCUGCACUGACCUUGACUCCACCAGCUGCCCCAGGCACUCCAGUGCCCGGCACCACGUCGCCUUCACCAUCAACAACCAUAAUUGCCACCUUGCCUGUGCCCGCCACUGCGUCCUCCAAUGCAAGUCGUCCGACCAGCAGCAAACAACGUUCCCGUCAUGCGCCUAUCACACAAUUGGGUUUACAGAUCAACCAGAGAGGAGGAGCAACUGCUUCCUCCAAGCGUUACAUGGCUGGUAGUCUGGUGCGGGCGCAAACCGUGAGCAGCAGCACCAGUAACAGCAGCAGUUCCAAUAGUGCGGGUCGAGGAAAGGCCACCAACAAUGGAUUAAACUUGGUGGCGACUCAAACGAAAGCGGCAACGAAUAGUACUAACCAAUCAUCAGCAGGAGCGGCAGCUGGAACAGGAGGCUCCACAACAGCAGCAACACCUUCAGGAGCAGCUGCGACUCCAAACGCAGCCAUUACAGUGUCCAAGCCCAGCGCCGCUGAACGGGAGAGAGAACAAGGUGGCGAUUACCUGAUUGAAAUAUGCGGAAGGUACCUCAACAUCUACGGCCAGGGAGCCCUCCGUUUCAUCGAUAAGCAGUGGAAUCCGGCCAAGGCCAAUGACGUGCACACGCUGAACUUCAGUUACAUUAACUUCAACAGCAUCGUAUGUGUUCUGGGCAGGAUUAAGCUGCGAUUCCCCCACGCCGAGCACUACGUUUUCCGGGAAACAAACAUCUCCUGUUUGGGUCAACUUAAUGGAUUGGCGGAGCUCCAGGGACUUAGUAGCUUGAUGAUCGAUGCCGAGGGCAAUGGCAUUACGCUGAAGGAAUCCUGGCGAGCAUACGCCAUCUACAGGCUAUCACACUGGGGACUGAAGCAGCUAAAUGGACAGGAGGUGACCGAAGCGGAAGUGGAGGCUGCGAAUGCCAAGUAUGUUGGACUCUCUGACCUGGUGCUGUGGUCCAUGCCCGAGGUGAUGUUGCAGCCGCUUUUGGCGAGACUGCGUCUCGAUGAAACCUGCACGGCCAGCAAACUGUCUCCUAAAGAGUGGCUCCUACGUCCGGACAACAAGUCCCUGCGACUCGUGGUGGGAAAAGAGGCACUCCAGUGGAAGAAGAACGCUGGUGGCGGAGCAGGAACUUCCACCUCAAUGAACCUGAAUCAAGCGACGGAAGCGGGAAGCACUGCCAUGGCGCCCAGCGUCCGAGAUCGAGGUCGUCAGCACUUUGCCCUUCUGCUGGAGAACACUUGCAACGCCGUGGAGAAGCUGCACAAGCUGGAAACUCUUUGGCCAAGUAUGCUUCUUGAUAUCGUCCGGAAUACGCUGCUGGAUUACGCCCAGCUAGAUGUCUACCUGCGGAAUCUCAUGUGCGAGCUGUUGAAGUGAGAGGCCGUUCCAACAAAUGAAAAAUUAUGAAAUUAUUAGUCGAUCUGGCUUUUAGAUAGAGGCGCACAGGUAGAGCAACCAUUAUAUUCCUAUGAUUCUAGGCAUUUACCAAUCCUGUAAAGCAGCUGCUUACAACUAGUCCAAUUUUUAUAAAUAUUUAACAUUAAACAUGAUUAAAAAGUA